AAAGUUGGACAACAGGACUGAUUAAUCAGAUGUUGGGAUUUUAUUCACUCCAGUCCAGCAGGAGACGGAAAUGAAGCAGAAGUUGUUUUAGAAACCGACAGAAAACACCAGAAGAAGAUGAAAGAAGAGCUGAUGCUUUGAGCAGUUCGAUAUUCAUCAUGAGAGAGCAAAUGGAUGUGAUCCACGCUGGAGAACAGCAGAUGCUACAGACACCAGUGCAGAUGUGUUCAGUGAAGCUGCUGGACUGCAGGAACCUGAUGGAGAUGGAAGGAGAAAUCAAACUAGAGGAUCAACAGAGUGAUGAUGAUGAUUUUAUUCCUUCACAGCUGAUGGAAGUGAAAGAGGAACGUGAAGAGCUGAAGGAAGUGGAGAAGAAACAUCAUGAUUUCAUAACUGGAGAAAAAUCUUUGAGUUGCUCUCAGUGUGGAAAAUGUUUCAAAGAUAAAAGAAACCUUACAAAGCACACAAUGAUUCAUACUGGAGAGAAGCCUUACACGUGCCAUCAGUGUGGAAAAGGUUUCACAAGUAAAGAACAUUUUACUGUGCAUGCAAGAAUUCACACUGGAGAGAAGCCUUACAUGUGUCAACUUUGUGGAAAAGGUUUCAGACGUAAAGAUCACCUUAAAAUGCACAUAAGAGUUCACACAAAGAAGUCUUACACAUGCCAACUGUGUGAAAAAGGUUUUGCAUGUAAAAAAAGUCUUAAUGUGCACACAAUAAUUCACACUGGAGAGAGGCCUUUCACAUGUUCUCAGUGUGGAAAAGGUUUCAAAGAUAGAAGAAACCUUACUGUGCACACAAGGAUUCAUACUGGAGAGAAGCCUUACACGUGUCAACAGUGUGGAAAAGAUUUCAGAUGUAAAGAUCACCUUAAUCUGCACACAAGAGUUCACACUAAGCUUUACAUGUGCCAACUGUGUGGAAAAGGUUUUGCAUGUAAAGGAAGUCUUGAUAUGCACACAAGAAUUCACACUGGAGAGAGGCCUUUCACAUGUUAUCAGUGUGGAAAGAAUUUUGCACAUAAAGUCAAUCUUGAUAAGCACAGUAGAGUACACUCUGGAGUGAAGCCUUACACGUGUCAUCAGUGUGGAAAGAGUUUCAUAGAUAAAGGAAGCCUUAACAAGCACACAAGAAUUCACACUGGAGAAAAGCCUUAUAUGUGCCAAGAGUGUGGAAAAGGUUUCAAACGUAAAGAUCACCUUAAUCUGCACACAAGAGUUCACACAAAGUCUCACACGUGCGAACUGUGUGAAAAAGACUUUGCAUGUAAAGAAAGUCUUGAUGUGCACACAAAAAUUCACACAGGAGAGAGGCCUUUCAGAUGCCAAGAUUGUGGAAAAGGUUUCAAACGUAGAGGACGCUUUAAUCUGCACAGAAAAUUUCACACAAAGCCUCACACAUGCCAACAGUGUGGAAAAGAUUUUGUAUAUGCAGCUAGUCUCACACAUCAUCUCCUUUGUCACUCUGGAGAAAGGCCAUUUAAAUGUGAUAAAUGUGAUGAAACAUUUGUUGUGGAAUCAGUCCUAAAACAACAUCUGAAAAUGCACACCAAUAAAUGUUCGUUUUGUGGAAAGAGUUUUGCACACCUGUCCUAUUUUAAACGGCACCAGAAAAUACAUUCCGGUGCCGGGGUUAAUAAGUGCUCUGAUUGUGGGAAGACCUACACUACAGCCACCCACUUGAAAGAACAUCAGCGAAUUCAUACUGGAGAGAAACCUUUUAUGUGCUCAUACUGUGGAAAGACUUUCACUCGGUCAGAACACCUGAAAAAACACGAGAGAAUUCACACCGGAGAGAAACCAUACAAGUGCUCACACUGUGGAAAGAGUUUCACUCUGUCACAAAACAUGAAAGCACACGAGAGAAUCCAUACUGGAGAAAAACCAUACCACUGCUCUUCAUGUGGAAAAGGUUUCAACCGAUCAGGUCAUCUACAGCAACAUGUAAAAAACAAUUGCCCAAGUAGUCACAGUGACCAAGAAUCAUCUUCAGGUCCAACGAUAUCAAGCAAAUAGUUUGAAAUUUAGAUAAACCCAAAGAUGGAAUUCCUUCCAAAAGUGCAGCACCAUUUAAAGUCUCGGGUUUUUCUGCAUUUCGGAGCGAUCAACCUUUCAACACGUACUCUUUUGACAUCAAGCAAAUACGAACAUGUUUGACACAUGCACACUAUGACUGCUUUGUUAUACUCUUUAGUGCAGUACAGUCAACGACAGGCACAUUCCCUGAUGAGGUGUACAGACAAGGCCCAGAGUGGCUAUCAGAGUUACCGUAGCCUUCCUACAGGUCGAGCCAGUCUGGCCAUUCUCUGUUGACCUCUCUUAUCAUCAUCAAGGCAUUUCUGUCCACAGAACUGCUGCUCACUUGAUAUUGUUUUUGGAAUAAAAAGGAGACUGUUGUGCAUGAAAAUCGCAGAAGAUCAGCAGUUACAGAAAUACUCGGACCAACCCGUCUGGCACCAACAAUCAUGCCACAGUCGAAAUCACUGAGAUCACAUUUUUUCCCCAUUCUGAUGUUUGAUGCAUUAACUGAAGCUCAUGACCCAGGCUGAUUAGAUAAUUGCAUAAAUAAGUAGGUAUAAAGGUGUUCCUAAUUAAAUGCUCUGAGUGUACUUUUUAAGUAUGUUUUAUAGUUUUGAGAUGUUUGCAUCCAAGUUAUUUCAUUUUAAUGUUCGAUAUACACCUGAGUACUUGCUUGGAGAGGUUGUUGGACACAGAUAAAUAAAAGUCCACCAUGGUUCCAAGUGCUAUAACUUUAGAUUGCUUUUUACUAUCAACACAGUUUUGUAAUUAAUUUGAUGACCUUACAUUUUUUUUAGAAUAUUUAUUAAUAGUUUAUUUUUAGCACUCAUUUUUGUGUUUUGUUUGAAGUGUUGUAGCAUGACAGUCUCUAAGCAUGUUCCUAGUAUAUUUUCAUUACAUUUUAAAAGGUUUUCUAUAAAUUGAUACCAUGCAAUUGACGCUCUUUGCUUUUUUUAUGAGUUGUAAGUUCUUAUGCCAUUUAAGCAUGACAUCCUUAAAAUACCUUCAGCACUGUAAAAAGAUCAAGGCAACAUGAUGCAGUAUGAUUUUUUUAGUUCUCAACAACUGUCUUAAUAACUGUCCUCAAACUGUAAAAUAUAAUUAGUUGACCUUACUAAUGAGAUGCACCGGUGGCUGUCUAAACCUGCAGGGCAUUAUUGC